AUGUCGAAUGAGGGAUCGGAUCCUUUCGAAGAGGAGCCCCAAAAACCCAAGGCGCCUCCUCCCAAGCGCUCUUUGUUCGCUUUCAGGAAACCCAAGAAACGAGCACCCGAAGGCGAGGCUGUCGAUUUCUUCAGUCGAUCGAAGGAAUUAUUCCCGAAACGCUUGGAAGAAGAGGAGAAGAGGAGGCAGAAAAAGGCCGUGAAACUCGAGCGCAAGAGGAACUCGGAGAGCGCAGAGAAGCAAGCAACCCCGGAAGAAAAGAGGCCGCGGAUGUCAAAGAGCCUGUAUAGUUCUGAUGAAGAGAUUCCUCGAACCCGCAAGUAUGUAGCUCCAUGUCGAUGUCAUGUCUGUAUCUCUACUAAUUGACACAGGGAAUCAACUCACUCUACUCCGGGCAGCCGCAUAUCGCAUACGACCCCACAGCCGGAAAGACCACAAGCGCAUAAAGCUAAAGGCGAAGGCAGCAGUAGCCAGGGGUUACAAAAUUCUACAAGCAAUAAUUCUGCCAGAAAUAAUGCCAUCAUAAGUUUGAGUGACAGCGAGGACGACGUUGACAAGGUUGUACCAGCAGCUCGGAAUUUGGGACCCUAUGCACAUAUUCUCCAAGACGAUGACGAUCUCUAUGUUACCAAGUCGAGACCAGUACAAGUGCCUGACGAAAUGGAUCAGAUGUCGGAUGAAGAGUUUCCUGAGCUAAUACAAGCCGCCGCUGAACGUGCCAGACUAAAGGAGGCUGCAAAACUGAAGUCCAGCCAAGCAUUUUUGCAGCAGAACCACCAAGAUGACGAUGAUAUUUUUGGACUGAAAGAAGAUAUUCCGAACCCGGUUGUUGAGAUCCUUAUAAGCAGUGAAAUUGAAGGUUCGAUACCACUGAUGGUCAAGAGGAGGUUACUCGCUCGAUUGAAGGAAGUCAAAUUCGUUUGGUGUGAUAAGCAGGUCAUUAAUGGAGUGAAUGUGUUCUCAAGCGAUGAGGCUAAAGAUGUGGUGUUUUUAACGUACAAGAAAAAGCGGUUGUUCGAUGCGACGACUUGUCAUUCCCUCGGUCUCAAACUCCAUCCAACAGGUCACUUAGAGGAUGGACCUGGCGUGCGUGAGGGCAAAGUACAUCUGGAGGCCUGGACCGACGAGACUUAUGACAUUUAUCAGAAGAGGGAAGCUAGAAGGAUCCAGAAUGAGAAGGAGGGUAUUGAGGUGGAGGAGGAGUCCGAACACCCAGAAGUUAAGGAGAACAGAAUGAAGUUGAUCAUGAAGUCAAAAGCGCAUGGCGAACAUAGGCUAAAAGCAGCGUCUACAACACCAAUUGCGAAACUUAUUGACGCAUUCCGGAAAGUCAAAAGCAUCCCAGAAUACACUAACAUCUCUCUUAAAUUGGAAGGGGAUACAUUGGAGCCGGAUUCUUUGCUUGGAGAUGCAGACUUGGAAGAAGACGAGGAGGUUGUAUUUAUUGAAGUAUAUAUAGGAUAG